AUGAAUAUUAUAGUGCCGCAACACAUAUACUUUUUGGUCGGGCUCCUGUGCUUUGCGUUUUUGUUCUUAGCCUUUGCGUUGUACUCUUGGUCGCUCCUGCGGAAUUACCAAGCGGCCAAACAUCUCCAGAUUCCCAUUAUAAUUACCCCAGUUUCUUGGCAACAACCACUAUGGAUGCUACUUGGCGAGACCGUUGGCCGCCCCAUCCAGCGAUUGCCGCUGUGCCGAUGGUCGUUGUACAGCCGGUUUGGAUGGCAGAUGUACGACAAAUAUCGUUUGCACGCGAAUCUAGGCCCCGUGUUCGUCAUCGUGUCGCCGGCAGACAACGAGGUUGUUGUUUCGGAUCCAGAAGUGGCUACACGAAUCCUCCACAAGUGGCGGCAAUUCCCCAAGAGCGCUAUACAAACCAAGGUGUUUGAAAUCUUCGGGCCCAACGUCGGAACUAUCUGGGAUGAUGACUGGGCCAGACACCGUAAGAUGGUCUCGGUCGGUUUUAAGGAGUCUAAUUACGGCCUGGUAUGGGAGACUACAAGGCGACAGACUGACAAGCUGGUUGAGAGCUGGGCGAAAGCAGGUCGGCAGCAAAAACUUGCGAGUCUCGAGGAAAUUACUGAUGCCGUUUCUGCACUCGCCCUCCAUGUCCUUGUCGUCGCCGGGUUUGGCAAAAAGGAAGACAACGACAAUGACAACGGCAACAAUGACAAGGAUCAUACGUACUUGACUACCGCACCAGGACACAAGUUGAGCUACAUUGAUUGCUUGAAGGCAAUCUUACGAAAUAUGAUUGCAACCUCGCUGUUGCAAUCAUUCACCAUAUCCGACAUACUCUUGCCGAAGUCUUUGCGAUUGCUGAAACAAGCAAACAGAGAGUUCAGGGCCUAUAUGGCUGAAAGAGUUGAAGUUGAGAGGAGGGACAUUGCGAUGCGGAAAACUACGAGCCAAAGCAACCUACUGAGCUCCCUUGUUAGCGCAAACGAAGUUUCCAGGUCGCAGGGCAACUCAGCGAUAGCGAAGAAUAAGCUCUUUUUGUCAGAUUCAGAGCUUCGGGGCAAUUUCUUCACAUUCAACCUUGCCGGCUACGAGACAACUUCUGGUGUCUUGUCCUACGCGAUACCUUGGCUUGCGGUACGGGAGGAUGUGCAGGCCUGGGUUUACGAAGAAACAUGCGCAGUUUUGAAUGGCUCACUGAGUUACGCGGAGUCCUUUCCAAAGUUGACGCGAUGUUUGGCUGUCUUGGUGAGCAGACUCAAGGAAAGGUCCACUCAGAAGAGAACAGAGCUGACCAAGAACCUAACACAACCACGAUACACAAACGAGGAGUCUAGGGUACUCACUAUCAGGGGAGCAGAGAUCCCCGUUCCUAAACAUACAUACGUUACAAUCAGUUGCACCACUCUCAUGACAGAUCCUGUAUUGUGGGGUGCCGACUCCCUAGAAUAUAACCCUUUCAGAUGGAUUCGAACAGCUGAGACUGACAAAGGCCCACGGGAACAGAUUAUGGAACCCCCAGAGGGCACAUUUAUUCCCUGGUCUCAUGGGCCGCGAGUAUGCCAAGGAAAGAAAUGGAGCCAAGUCGAAUUUGUCGCUGUGAUUGCAUUCCUGGUACGGAACAACCGUAUUGAAGUUGCGAGGCGUAAUGGUGAAUCGAAGCUCGAUGCCGCUCUUAGGUUAAAAAACAUUUUGGAAGAUUCAUACAUGAACAUCACCCCAAAGAUCAGGUGCCCACGCGAAGGUGGCAUCAUCUGUAAAAAGAGAUAG